AUGGUGGCCUUCAUCGGAGCGGUUAUCUGCAUCAUCGCGGCUGUCCACACCGGGUCCUCCAAGGCUGCCGCGGCGCAGCGGCAGCCCGCGGCCGACAACCACUCGCUGUAUCCGGACGCGGUCGCGCAGACUCCCGCUGCCGCGAGGGGCUCCGUGGCCCGGCCCGGAUCCCUGGGAGCUCUCCACGGUUCUGAAACGCCCGAAUCCGAAGCGCCCACCUUCGACGUCGGGCUUGGCGGGACGGACGGGGUCAGCGGACUCACGGGACACGACCCCGCGGUGAGUCGGCUCAUCUGCACCCCGGUCCCCGCCGGAGGAUGCAACCCCAGGAACUUUCAGCAGCAGGCGGACGACCCGUCGCUGUACGCCGGGGAAGACUGGGGCUACCUCCGGACCACGGCGGAGGAGCUCCGGCAGACGGUUCUGCAGCAGAAGGACCAGAUUUUAACCGACAAGCGGACCAUCAGGGAGCUGUCGGGGAAGCUGACCGAGUGCGAGAAGGGGCUCGGGGGAAGGAGCGGCAGCCCGGACAGACGCGGGAACGCCGCCGCGCUGAGAGGCGAAAAGGGAGCCGAGGGGGAGAUCCACUUGGAGCGGAUGAUGGUGCGGGACAGCCCGGGUACUGCGCCCGACGGGGUCCAUCUGCUCACGGUUGGAACUGUGGAUGAGCUCGAACAGGCGAUCACCCAACUCAAAGACCGCAUAGACAGACUGGAGACAGACAUUGGUCCGUUUUCUCACAACCGCACGGACAGCAAGUCCUCGGACGCAUCAGAGGAGGGCGAGCCAGAGAGGUCAGCCUCUCCGGGCCGCGGCACCGGUCCUGACAGGCCCUGGGGGGUGGAGAACCUGGAAGAGGAGCUGGAGAGGAAGGUGGAGCUGCUGGAGAAGGAGAGGAAAGCCCUGAGGCUGGAGGCAGCGAAACACAGACAGGAAAUUGACCAGGGCAUCAGCAAACUACAGCACCGCGUUUCAGGCCUGGAGGAAGGCGACGCAGGGCUUUCGUUCCCGGAGGGGUACAGGUUGUCCUUCCCGGCUCGGACAAACUACAUGUUCGCCCUGAUGAGACACGCCGUCCCCAAGCUGCGGGCCUUCACCGCCUGCCUGUGGCUGCGGCCCGCCGCGGCGGGGAUCGGGACGCCCCUGUCUUACGCUGUCGCCGAGCAACCGAACGAGUUGGUGCUCCUGCAAGACCGGAGCGCUCCGGCUGAGCUGCUCAUCGACGACAAGGUGGCGAAGCUGCCUCUGAACCUCUCUCAAGGCAGCUGGCAGCACGUCUGUGUGAGCUGGACCCAGAAAGGUGGAGCAUGGCAGGCCUACCAGGGAGGAAAGCUGAGGGGCGAGGGCCACGGACUGGCCCCGGGACAUCACAUCAGGCCUGGGGGAGAGCUAGUCCUCGGGCAAGAGCAGGAUUCCCUGGGUGGCGGUUUCGAUUCGACCCAGGCCUUCGUCGGAGAGCUGUCCCAGGUGGGCCUGUGGGAUCGGGUCCUGUCGGCCGCCCAGGUCGCCAGCCUGGCUCGAUGCAGCAGAGUAACUCAGGGCGUUGUGGUCCUCUGGAGCGAAAACAAGGUGCAAGUUUACGGCGGAGCCACCAAAGACCCCGGGGAGCCUUGCAGUAAACACAGCAAAAGCUCCCAGUGACCGGUGGAGAGAGGAUCGCAGAAAAGAUUCAAUUCACCAACUAACGCUGAUUCAGUAUGUCAGAAAAACCAUAAAUAGCAAGGCGACAUAAGAGAGUCAUAAUCUUAGCAACGUUUCUGGGGUAUUUCUGAAGGUAAAACGGUGCGCUGCAACACCACACAUUAUUUACACACAAAUGCAGCUGGAACUUUAGUUAAAUGUUAAAAUGUUUAAGCUUGGGUUUGCUUAGUUUGAAGUCAGAACAGGAAGAUGAAGAUGAUUUCAGAUUCUCAGCAACCCUCCUGACAAGUUGAUCAAGAAAAACAAAUCUAUACUUUACUUGCCUGCUAGCUUUUCUGUCUACUUGUUUACUGUAACCGUGUUCAAAUUCAGGGGCCGCAUUCUUCAAAGGACAUAUGGCGGGAUCUGGCCUUCCGAUUUACCCCUUACAUCUGCGUGUGCCCUGUCGCCUAGCAACCAUGACGGCGCCAAACACAAGCUAGCAAGAAAGUAACUCGAAAUGCUCCUGGGAUUUUUUGUAAUCCGUUUACAAUCUAUUUCAAUCUUAGUCAUUAAUUAAAUUAAUGAAAUCGAUGGGUGUCAGUGGAAGUGCGAAGGAUUCAACGUCCUUCAAAUCCAGGAGGAAGAAGGAUGAACGUCUGGGGGACUCGGAGGAGUCUUUGAAUUUGGAGCACGGUCGUCAAAUGCGGCCUUCAACAGAUGUAGCCCCUGAAUUUGGAUUCAAAUGUUUAAUUGAGCUGAUUUUCAGUUUGAAUGUUCACUGUAGUUUUAUUUUUACAUUAUCCAUAAUUGUGACAUUUAUAAUAGUGAAUCUUUAUAAAAGACUAUAGAAUAUAUUUUAAUGCAUCGGAGCCAGCAAAGUGAGUUAAUGUUGGCCUGCUAAUGCUAACCUGUGAUUUUUAGGCUCAUUAAAAAUAUCUGAUGCAGUAAUUCUGCUGUUCCUGUGCCUCAUGAAUGAGAAUAUAGAGAUAAUCAGUAAAAGGUUUUAAAACUUUUUUUUUUUCCAACUCCAGUGUCAAAGAAAUUUUACAACAGAAAUUAUAAACUAUAGGUGCCCUUUUCUAUUUUUUUAUUAUUAUUUGUACACAAAGAACUCCUACAAAUUUAAUUUAGAACAAAAUAAUUAGAAUUAGUUCAUGAGUACUAUCUACAAACUUUAGCAAACUGAAAUAUGUCUAUCAUUUGUGAGAUUUUAACCAGACAGGUGAAAUGAACAACACUGACCUGUUAGUGUCUUGGAUAAAGAAUUUUUUUUGUUCUCAUCGCAGUGUGUUAGCAGCAUAAAAAAAUUGCGUUUACAUUUUGAACAACUCUGACAAAGGCCAAAUGGCUAGACUGGGUCGGAGCAUCGGCAAAGCUGCAGCUCCAGCUCCUGCAGGGAGUUCUGGGCUUCUGGUGGUAAUUGAAAGGGAAAGG